AUGACCGCAUUACCACUCAAUAUUUAUCUAUAUACAGAGAUACUGCGUUGCCCGGCUAAUUGUUCUUGCGGCGAGUCUCAGCAGUACGUCGGGAUCGGCCCUCCACUUACUGCACCUCGCUGCGGCGAUCCCGACUGGUUGCCUUUUUGGGUGAAAUGCACGGACGGAUGGAAUGAAGACUACGCGAAUGCAACAGCGCCAAAGGCUAUAAUUAUAAAUCUUGAUGGCGCCCCCGUCCGUCAUCUGAUGAAGGGCGCUUUCUCAGGACUCAACAAUGCCCAUACACUGGAUCUAAGCUCCACUCAGCUCAGCCAUCUUCCAGCAGGCGUCUUUAUCGGACUUUGUCGGUUAUGGGAACUGGCGCUUGAUCACAAUAGCCUGACUGUUCUUGAAAAUGGAACAUUCGAAGGUCUUCGUAAUUUAGGCGGAUUAAAUUUGGCGUUCAAUCAGAUUACUCGAUUGUACGAAGGUUGCUUUAGAGGUCUUCAGAGCCUUUUCAUCAUGUCGUUCCAAGGAAAUCCCAUCACUACCAUUGAACCUGGUGCUCUGAAUGGUUUGCCUACGUUGAGGGAUGUGUGA